GACGAGUGCAGAAGGUCACAAUGCAGACAAACGGUUUACAACCGCUAUCUGUCGACUAAAUUAGCAUUACUAACUGCCACUAUUAAAGAGCUAUAAAGAUAAUAGUGUUUUAUAAAAAAAAAGUACUAAUAUAACUGCUAAUUUAAAAAUUGAUAACACAUAGAUAGUAAAUAUCUAUUAACUACGGCGAUACAGACGAAAAUAUUAUUUAUCCCGAGGUCAAUAUUUGUGGGGGAAAUGUAAUGAUGAGUGGGUGGCGACGCUGUCUAGUUCACAUAUUCGAUUUGAUGACGAUAGCACGACAGUGUAAACAAAAACAAAAGUUAGUUUAUUCACUUAUCAUUUCGUUCUUGUUCCUUUAAUUUUGCGCCGUAUAGAAAGGAAACUCUUUCGCUUCGUACAUUCGUACAGAAGAAAGUUUAAUACAUAAGUACUACAUCAAGGAUAUUUGACACCUGGUAUCCUGUAGUCCGUUCGCUCAACGUUACUAUAGUAAUAUCGAAAUUGGUUGAUAGAAUAGGUAAUAAUUGUAUUUAGGAUCUGCAAAAAGAAAUGCAAUAGUCAUCAUGUUGGAAACAAAGGUUUUGAAAUUGUUGAAAGGUGAUGCUUUAGAUGAAAACGAAGAGUUGUGUGACUUCACAUUGGCUGAUCAAAAUGAAGCUUGCGGUGAGUAAUAUGGGCAUUUACAUUCCUUGUAUUUGACCCAGAUAUAAUAUUUAUAGUUUACAUAUAUUGCUAAAAAAUUUCGUCCAGGCACAAGUAUGUUUUUAUUUAUUUAUUAUUUAUAAAAAUUAACGUGUACACUGUUUAUAAAGAUUGCUAGUUUGAAAAUGUUAUAGGCUCUAGUAUUGAAAAAAUACAAAAGAUAGUUUUCAAAAUGUACCUCAGAUUAAUUAAUUUAUCAUUAUUCCACAUUUUGAAUCUUUAUAUUGGAGAUGUAUGUGUUACGAAAAUUUGUUUACUAAACUUAUUUGAAAAAUGAAUGACUUAAAAUAAAUAUAAAUAAUUAAUAAUAAAAGUACCUAGUCAUCAAAAAAAUAAAAUAAGCUUAAAUGUCUUUUUGUUUGGUAUAUUAUGUAUUUGUAGUCCAUUGAUUUUAUUUUUUUUUUAGUGGCCAAAGGUGUAACACCCAUAGGACCUUCCGAUUAUGUGCCAAUAAUAAAAAGUACAGUUACAUACAUUGUGCUUGUAGUAUUGGUCAACGAUGAUGACGAAGUGCUAAUGAUGCAAGAAGCUAAGAGUAGUUGUGCUGGUCAGUGGUACCUACCCGCUGGUCGUGUUGAACCUGGAGAAGAUAUACACGUAUGUCAAUGUAUGAUAUAUUUAUAAAUUAGGCUGUUUUAAUUUUUAACUUUUUUUUUCAGAUUAAAACUAGACAUUGCUUUUCUUGUGGUCUCUAACUUACCCCCAAUAAAAAAAAUGUUCAGAACUUGCUCAUUGCGUAGUUUUACAUUUAAAUAAUAGAAAAGUAACAAUAUUUUCAAUUAAAUCACAUUUACUCAUUAAGUUUGGAAUUUAUGAGGUUAUAGAUAACUUUUAUUAAAGAUCACAAAAAAAUACAUAAGAUUCACUUGGAAUUAAGUGAAAUUUUACUGUUAUAAGAAUAGCUCAUUUGUAGAAAUCUAUACAAAUUGAGUUUUAAUAACUUUUUUUUACAUAUUACAAAGUUGUAUAACUCAGCCACUUUUUGAUUAAAAAAUUUUCAAAUAAGAUUAAUUUUGUAAGUUUUGAAAAGACCUUGCUAUUGGUCCUUGGUUAUAGAUCAGCUUUAUAGACUAUAGUGAGUUCAAAAUUAAAAAAAACAUCUGAGAAUUUUUAUAGAUUUCUACAAAUGAGCUAUUCUUAUAACAGUAAAAUUUCACUUGGUUUUAAGUAAAUUUUAUGGAUUUUUUGUGAUCUUUAAGAAAAAACCCACCUAACUUAAUCAAACUUAAUGAGUAAAUGUGAUUUAAUUAAAAGUAUCAUUACUUUUCUGUUAUUUAAAUAGAAAAACUAAAUAUGUGAUGUAUAAGAACUAAACAAUUUUUUUUUGGAGUUUGAGACCACAAGGAUGCGUUCAGUCUUAAUUCAAAAAAAAAAAUAAUGUUCAAAAUCAAAACAGCCUAGUUACAUACAGUAGAAUCCGCUUAAUUGAGACACAUUGGGCGGUGACCUAUUUGUCCCUUAACUGUCCCAAUUAACCGAAUAAGCACUUGAUUUUUCUCUGGGAAAUCGCUUGAACUUAAUAUUAUUCCGGUCCUUUCAACGACUUAUCCAACCUUCGUUGGCCUUAAAAUUACCAUGUUCAAAUUUUUCAGUAAAAAAUUCAGCUUUCUGCUGUAAAAUAGGGCCUGAAAUACGAACACCACAUUCUGUAACAGCAGAAAACCAUUCGUUCAUAUAGCUUUAUCUACUUCGGGUUCUUUGCCUUCUUGCUUUCUUUUUCUGUUUAUAGGUGUACUUUUGUUGUCGUUUAAUUUUUCCCACUGUUCACAAAUAGCUUUUUCAUUAUUUUUCAAUCAGCUUAGUACCGAUUUAAAGGUGCCUAUUAUUUUCUCUAACUCAUGAAGACUGGAAGAAUGUGGUUGAGCUUUAAUUUUAUCCAGAUUAGAAUAUUUUUCAAUCGAUGUUAAAUCUUUACGAGACAUAAUUCUUACGUAUUAAAACAAACUGUGAUCAAUAAAAACACACAUAUGUUAGUAUGCAGAGACGAAAGAACGCGAACUAAAGUUUUUCAAUUUUUUACGUAAGCUAGUAGACUCUUAUCGUGGUAGUAGAAGAAAAAUAAAUGAUUACCUAUAUAAUAGAGCUAUAAAGAUUAAAUAAAUGAUUGACAUAAUUGACAUUACCUAUAUAAUAGAGCUGUAAAGAUUAGAUAAUUACAGUUUCAAUAAGAAGUAGAUAGAUGAUUUAGAUCAGAAUAUCUAAUUAGACGCUUUUAUUUUUGUCCCUUAUAACCGAUAGUUUGUCCCAGAUAAACGAAGUUAAAUUGACUUAAACAAAUAUAUUCGUUCGGAACUAUGCCAAUUUGUCCCCAUUAAGUGGUUGUCCCCUUUAUGCAGUGUCCCAAUUAAGCGGAUUUUACUGUAUAUAUAUUAAUAAUUGGAAAAUUGAAGAAUGUUAUCAAUAAUAAUAUUACGUAUGUAUUGUUUAAUAGGAGGCAGUUAAGAGAGAAUGUUUAGAAGAAACAGGAUUAGAAAUAGAACUGGAUACAUUACUGUUGGUCGAAGCUGCAUCUAAGGCGUGGUUUCGUUUUGUUUUGACCGGUACUGUGGUAGGCGGCCAUUUGAAAACACCUGCUCAAGCUGACAGUGAAUCUUUACAAGCCAAAUGGAUUAAGAAUAUUUCUGAGGUAGCUAUUGUUAAAACAAGAUUGAUGGUUGGGUAUGGCGACAAAUAAUAAUUUCCACAUCAUGUUAUAUGUGUAGGUAACUCUUCGUUCAAACGAUAUAAUACCACUAAUAGAACGAGGCCGAGCAUAUUUUACACAUUUAAAGAACAACGUACGCCAUCAAUGGCACCCUAGAGUUUUACCCGCUGUUAAAGCUCAUAAAAAACUUUUGUUACGCCUUCUCAUUUGUGCCAAACAAAAAAUUACGUUAGUUUGUUGUUCAAUUUACAAAUUAAUUUUUUAAUAUAGACUAAAAUUAUAUUUACUUAUUAUUUCAGUAAUAAAUUGCACAUAUUAGUAUCUGAAAAAACUGAAGCACAUUUACCUAUGUGUGAAAUCAACCACAAUCGAAAUUUGCAUUCAACCUUACGCAAAUUUAUGACUGUAAUUAUGCAAUUGAAUAACACAUUAAAAUUAAUAAUACUGAAAUUAUUAUUUUAGGAAAUAUUUGGCGCUGACGUAGCUACACAUAAACCCCAUGGAGUAUUGAGUAUUGAACAUUGUGGUCGACCAGAAGCCACUAACGAUGGUUUUUGUUUAUCAUUAUUAGUCACUUUUCAAUCUCCAUUAGAAGAUGUGUUUCCCAUUGGUAAAUAUAAUUGGACAGCUGUAUCCUCAGAAUGUGCAGAUUCUAUUAAAUUGCGAACUAUACGCAACAUGGUUGUUCCAUUUAAAGUAAUUUGUUAAAAAAUAAUUUUGUCUGUACAAAGUUUAACAGGACUAUUUAACAAAUGUAAUAACUAUUUCAAUUAAAUAUUUUGAAGUUUUUUUUUAUGAAAAUGAUAUGGUCAAUAAAUUUUACUAAGGUUGUAUCAAUUAUUUUUGAAGUUCAUAAAAUAUUUAAAUGUAUGAAAUAUUGUACCGUUUUAUAGUAUUCUUAUCAUACUAAUUAUAAGCUGCCAUAUAUUGUUAGUAAACUUAGCAAGAAAUUAAUUAAAAUUAUAAUAAAUUUUAAAAAUUAUUGAAGAAAUCUAAUUGUAGUUUUAAACAUCAAUCAUUUUUAGAUUCUGAGCAGAGCAAGAAGUGCUUACAAAGAUAUUUUUUUUCUAUAAAUAACUUUUCUACCAGAAAUUUUGCUCCGAUUUUCUAAGUGUACCACGUUUUCUAAAAGGAAAUUUUUGUGGUGUAUACUUUUGGGUUAUUUUAUUAUAUUUUCUCAGGGUUUUCAUAAUAUUUUAGAAAAAACGUAGGAAUCAUGGGAAAAUUACACAAUGUAUUAUUUUUUUAUUAUAAAUAUUAUAAUAAAUUGUUUAACCUAUACUCAGAAUCAUUUUUCAUUAACAAUGAAUAAUUGUUGUGUAGAUAUUUCCCUUCUUAUCUUCCUAACUCCUCAUCUAGAAGAUUAGCCACCAAUUGUAAAACUUAUGUCUGUUUUUUUUUUUUUUAAUUACUGUAUAAAAUAGCUAUACAAGAUGAUUCAUAAAAAGUGCAUAUACUUAUUAUUUUGGAAAGUAUCAACUUUUUUUGGAGUAUAUUUUAUAAAAAAUUUAAAAAGUUAUUACUCUCAUAGAUUGUAGAUUUGUUUUAUCGCCCCACUUGUUGGAUUAUAAAAACAAAAUUUAAUAAAACUAUCUGAAAAUUGUUUAUUUUUAAUGUAGAGCAUAAAAAUUAUAGCGUACAGGUCUAGUCAUUAUUACAAAUAAAAAAAAAAAUUUAAUUGAAGAAAAUGUAUUACAUUUGUUAAAAUAGUGUUGUUACACUGUAUAUACAGGGUGUCCCACCGAUUUUUUUAGAGCUGUUUUUAUAAAUCUUUUUUUCAAUCUACUUCUCUUGAAGGAGAACAUUUAUUUAAAUAGAACAAUUAUUAUUUUUAUUUAUCAUUUUACAACAUUUUCAAACUACCAAUAUAGUCAAAUAUAUUAUUUUAAAGAAGGCUGUUUAAAUUUCUAGAAAUAAGGUGUGAAAAGAUACUACAGCGUAAAAUGAUAAGGAAUAACUUGAUUUAUUUGUGUUAUAAAUUCAAAAUGUUAAAAUCAAAAUGGUCGAAACUAAUGUUUUAUAAAAUUGCUAUUUUAAAAAUAUUACAAAUCAAGUAAAUUUUUUUUUAGUGAUUUGAUUGAGAAAUGAAAAUAAAAAUUAAUUUUUCUCUAAUGAGAUGUACCCUUCAAAGAAAAGCAGGUUAAAAAAAAUUUUAAUAUAAAUAAGUUUAUAAAAGUCCAUUGAAUACAAAGAUAUAUAUAUGCCAUUUUAUCAUUAUGUCAUUAUCAUUUAUCAUUGUGUGUGUGUGCGUGUCAUAUUAUCAUGCUCAUCACCAAAGGUGCUUUAUCCAUUUUACUUUUGUUAUUUUUUUUACUUAGAAUAUACACUAUUAAAUGCUGAAUUUUUUUAUACUGAUUUAUUAUUAUUUCAAUCAUUAAACAAAAAAUUAUAGAAAGAAAAUAAGUGUUUAAUUUAAACUUGUCCUCCUUUUAAUUUUCUUCCUUUUUUACUGAAUUUCUUUAGUUUUUUAGUUUGAGUAGCAGGAGCAACUUUAGGUUUUUUAACUACUGGUCCAUUUUUAUCGGCAUCACUCUUUCUUUUCAAUUUCUUCUCGGCAAAAGUCUUUUUCAAACCUUUCAUCUUUCUCGUUUGAAGUGAAUUCACGUCUUGUUUGGUCAUAUGCAGACGUCCCAAUUUGGAUCCAAAACCAUCACGACGUACACUUUUAAUCUUUUUACCCUGGAUAUAAAAACAAUGGUUUAAGUUACACAUAAAAAAUUAAUUUAAAUUAAACAGUUAUACCUUAACAUUGGGCCUUUUGCAUGCAGUUUUAAAUAAAUCAGGACUAGCCAUAUGAUCUCUUCUUACUACAAAAUCAACAGAUGGCCCGACUUCUUUGAGCUCAACACGUGGAGUUUUCAAAGUGGUUUUUGAUAAAAUAGUUCUUUGUGACAAAAAAAAUUAUUUAUAGAUAAAAUAUUUUUUAUCAAAAUUAUUAAUUUAUAUAUCAAAAUUACCGGUAAGAACGAAAUAAUAUUUUAUUAUCGACUGCUGUGAUUGAAAUGACAUGUUCAAUACCGUUUGGUCUUAUUUGUUUAAGUGGUUGUCUUUGAAACAUAUCAACAAACAGAUUACGCAGACGUUUUAGCUGCUGAUCACUGUCAAAUUGUUCGCCCAAAAAAAUUAAGACCGGUUUUACACCAGCGGAAAUUUCAGAUAAACCUUUGAAUUCACUGCAUCCUUUGUACGAUUCAAUACCCAACUCAAACAUAUCUAAUAUAUGUUGAUCAUAAGUACGACCUGCAAAUAAAAAAAAAAAAUUAUAAUAUUAGUAUUAUUUUAUUUUUUUAUGCCUUAACAGGUAAUAAGUACACAAAGUAUACAAUAAUUG